CUUGCGCCAGUACCGUUGUGUGCACACACGUAGAGAUGUUCCUCCGCCGCAUCCCCACGAUAGCCGCCCACUGGAUUAUGAACUUGUACCGCGCGGCGGGAAAGCUCCUCAGCGAUGCCUUCCAGUACAACCGUAACUCCAGUACCAGACUAUCCACCGCCGGCGUCGCCGCCUCCAGGUGCACCAUCCCGUCCGCCGUAGAUAAGACGGUAGUGUUUGACUUCCACGGCGGGCUCCUGAGAUCCAGCGCUAUCUUUCCCUACUUCGUGCUCGUCGCCUGCGAGGGCGGCAGCCUGCUCCGAGCGUUCCUCCUGCUCUGCUCCUUCCCCCUCGUGUGGAUCAUGGGCGAGCACGCCGGCGCUGGUAUCCGGGUCAUGGCGUUCGUCACCUUCGUCGGGCUCAGGCCACAGGACGCUGACCUCGUGGCGCGCGCCAUCCUGCCCAAGUUCUACAUGGAGAGGCUUAACGCGCAGGUGUACGACCACCUGUGGCUGCCGGCGACGAGGAAGGUGGCGGUGACGAGCGCGCCUAGGGUGAUGGCGGAGUGGUUCCUGAAAGAGUACAUGGCCGCAGACGUGGUGGUCGGAUGUGAACUUCAGAUUGUUAAGGUUGGAGGCCGCUGUUACUUCACCGGGCUGCUGUGCGAGCCAGAUCAAGGGACGUCGGCAUUGAGAGAAGUGUUCAGAACUGACGGCGCCAUGGCCGACGUUGGCGUCGUCCGCAACUCCAACCCACUUGAUCACUUCUUCCUCCGCAAUUGCAAGGAUCUCUAUAGCGUGGCCAAGGAGAGCACCAAUACCGCCUGUUUACCACGUACGAGGUACCCGAAGCCGCUCAUCUUCCACGAUGGCCGCCUCGCCUUCCUCCCCACCUCCUCCGCCACGCUCGCCUUCUUCCUCUUCCUUCCGCUCGGGCUCACACUCUCCGUCAUCCGUAUCUCCAUCGGCAUCGGCCUACCCUACAAAAUCAGCUUUGCGGCUGGAGCGCUCUUGGGAGUCCGCUUCCGCAUCUCUGGCCUCGCGAAAAACAUGGCGGCCAAGCGCAGGGGCGUCCUGUUCGUGUGCACCCACCGGACUUUGGUUGACCCCAUCAUGCUCACGGCGGCGCUGCAAAAGCCCGUGCCAGCGGUAACCUACAGCCUUAGCCGGCUCUCGGAGAUCAUGGCGCCCAUCAAGACGGUGCGGCUCACACGCGACCGCGAACGCGACGCCGCCAUGAUGUCGCGGCUGCUGGAGCAGGGAGACCUCGCGGUCUGCCCCGAAGGCACGACAUGCCGCGAGCCCUACCUGCUGCGGUUCAGCCCGCUAUUCGCCGAGCUCACCGACGACAUGCAGCCCGUGGCGCUGGACGCGCGGGCGACGUUGCUGUACGGCACGACGGCGAGCGGCCGCAAGUGGCUUGACCCCGUGGCGUUCUUCGCUAACCCGGCGCCGGCCUACCGCGUAGAGUUCCUGGGCGCUGUGCCGCGGGAUCGGACGCGCGCAGGGGGGCGGACCGGACAAGAGGUCGCGAACUGGGUCCAGCAGCGGCUCGGUGAGGCGCUUGGGUUCGAAUGUACUGAGCUUACUCGCCGCGACAAGUACAAUAUGCUCGCCGGAACCGACGGUGUGGUUCGCUGAAGUUAGAAUUUUCCAACAUUGGUUACUGUAAUAUAUGUUUUCGGAACAUGUUUGUCUACCAAAGUCGAUAGGCUAAUGCUUGUAUCGAAAUUUAUUCAAAGCCCAUCAUCAUCUCGUGAACAGUAUGUAAGCCAGAGCUUCAAUGGUCUUACAAAAUGAAUCCGCCAAAGAAGGUGUCAAAGAACCA